CAACCUCGGGGGUGCUUGCUUGUAACACCGGCGCCUCCCACCCGGACGGGUGCUCGCCUCUGAUUGGUGGACGGAGCUCCGCGCUAGUUGCCUUCUGGUGAGGAGAGAGAGAGGAACCGGUGGGAGUGUGUGCUAAUUGGUGUAAAAUGGCGCUGUCUCAAGGAACAAAGAAAAAAGUUUGCUAUUACUAUGACGGGGAUGUGGGGAACUACUACUACGGGCAGGGCCAUCCCAUGAAACCCCACAGGAUCCGCAUGACACACAACCUGCUGCUCAACUAUGGACUGUACAGGAAGAUGGAGAUCUAUAGGCCACACAAAGCCAGUGGCGAGGAGAUGACCAAAUACCACAGUGACGACUACAUUAAGUUCCUGAGGUCCAUCCGGCCAGACAACAUGUCUGAGUACAGCAAGCAGAUGCAGAGAUUCAAUGUCGGAGAGGACUGUCCGGUGUUCGAUGGCCUGUUUGAGUUCUGCCAGCUCUCGGCGGGUGGAUCUGUCGCUGGAGCGUUGAAGCUGAACAAGCAGCAGACGGACAUCGCCAUCAACUGGGCGGGAGGUCUCCAUCACGCCAAGAAGUCUGAGGCGUCUGGUUUCUGCUACGUCAACGACAUCGUGCUGGCCAUCCUCGAGCUGCUCAAGUACCACCAGAGGGUGUUGUAUAUAGACAUCGACAUCCAUCACGGCGAUGGGGUGGAGGAGGCCUUCUACACCACAGACAGGGUCAUGACUGUCUCUUUCCACAAGUAUGGAGAGUACUUCCCCGGCACUGGAGACCUGAGGGACAUCGGAGCUGGAAAGGGAAAGUAUUACGCCGUAAACUACCCGCUCAGAGACGGUAUUGACGACGAGUCGUAUGAAGCCAUCUUCAGACCUAUCAUGGCUAAAGUGAUGGAGAUGUACCAGCCGAGUGCUGUUGUUCUGCAGUGUGGAGCGGACUCUCUCUCUGGAGACAGGCUGGGCUGCUUCAACCUCACCAUCAAAGGCCACGCCAAAUGUGUGGAGUACAUCAAGAGUUUCAACCUCCCCCUGCUGAUGCUGGGGGGGGGGGGCUACACCAUCCGUAACGUGGCGCGCUGCUGGACGUUCGAGACGGCCACCGCCCUCGACUGCUCCAUCCCCAACGAGCUGCCCUACAACGACUACUUUGAGUACUUCGGGCCGGACUUCAAGCUGCACAUCAGCCCGUCCAACAUGACCAACCAGAACACCACGGAGUACCUGGAGAAGAUCAAGCAGCGGCUGUUUGAGAACCUGCGCAUGCUGCCCCACGCCCCCGGGGUCCAGAUGCAGGCGAUCCCCGAGGACGCCCCUCACCCAGACAGCGGGGACGAGGAGGAGGGGGAGGACCCCGAGAAACGCGUCUCCAUCCGGGCCCACGACAAGAGGAUCGCCUGCGAGGAGGAGUUCUCCGACUCUGAGGACGAGGCGGAGGGGCCGGGGGGGGGCCGCAGGAACGCAGCCAAUCACAAGAAGGUGAAGCGAGUGAAGAAGGAGGAGGAGAAGGACGCAGAGGAGAAGAAAGAAGUGAAAGAGGAGGAGAAGGAGGAAGAGAAGAUGGACACCUCGGGACCAAAAGAAGAAGUGAAGACAACUUGAAGUCUGAGGAGAAGUGUUUGGUGGAAACCCAUUCCUCUGUCCUCCCGCUGCAGCGACCCCUUUUUAUAUUCCUGUUUAACUGAGUUCUGACCUGCUUUACACUGUAUCACUCACAAUUGUUUCCAAGCUCAGCUGAGUGGGCAUUGCACAACAAAACUAUUUAAGCAGGGUGUAAGCCCCACCCACCUGGAGCGUAGCAUAGUGUAAAACAAACGCCACAAUUCCUCCCUUUUCCCCGCUGUUGUGUGAAACCAGGGCUGCUUCAACGUAUUCCUGUUCCUAUCAUGGUGUUGCAGAUUUAAACUGUGGGCUGGUUCAAACACCUGCAGAGAUGUAAUGAUUCCUACAUGCAAAAAAAGGCUUUUCAGUUAUUUUUAAAUACCCAUUUUUGAUGCUGUUAGAAUAACCAGCAUUUAGUCCACCUUUCUCAAUGGAUGCAUGUUUAAAAUGAGCCUGCCUUUUAGCAUGUCCACGCCGCUCUCUUUGUCCCGACAGGCCCAAUCUCUGCUUAGUAACUUAUUUGAAAUCAUAAGAAAAAGUGAUCCCAUCUACCUAUGAAUAUCUGCUCAUGUGUUCUGUCUCCCUGUGUUGAAGUGAGAGUGGUUGUGAAGCUGGCCACAGGAUUAGUUUGCAAGCGAACGACUCGUUUUAGAUAUUUUGUACCAUCAGACAUGAGGAGGGGGGGGGCUGAGUUUUAUCCUUGUGAAAUGUGCAUUAUCAUCACUUUGUAAUAAAAAUAAUAAGAAACUGA